AAUAUCUAAUGGAAAUUCAAAUUCAUCCCCUAUAGAAGCUGAUAUUCCGGAAUGUCAAGCUACAUCAAACUCAGAAAAGAAAAAAAUUCCACCUCGGGGUAAAGCCAAAUUGUUGGAUAUUGCCAAAAAAAAAAGGAAACUUCCUAUUGUAGUUGAAUUCAAUGAAAGAGGCCAGCCCAUUGGAGAAAAUGCAGGUAUAUUCUCUUCUUUCAUUGGAGCCUCAGCAAGAGAACUAAUACCAAUGACCGCUGGAACUUGGAAAGAUCUAUCUAAUACUUUCAAAGAUCAGAUUUGGAAACACGUCACAACAACUUUCGUUGUUGAUGAAUUCUACAAGAAGCAUAUUUUUCGAAGGAUGACGAAACUUUGGCGAGAUAAUAGAUCUUUAGUGAUGAAAGAAGUGGAAGAGCAAGCCAAAGUUGUUGGUUUACAGCGUGCUGCGGCCUUUCUCAAGCCUAAUAACAUAGAAUCCAUGGAUGAGUGGUUAGCUCUUAUUAAACACAGAACUAGUGUGGGAUUUAAGGAGAAGUGUCAAAAAUUCAAGAGAAUGCGGGCAGGAAGAACUUUACUACAUAGAACUAGUAGAAAAAGUUUCGCGCGCCUUGAAGAAGAAUUGAGGGAACAAAGUGAAAAUCCAGAUGCGAUAUCAAGGUCUGAUAUAUGGAUACAUGCUUAUGAAGCAAAGAAGAAGAAGAGUUCAGAUGAAGUAGUUGAGGAUCCGGAAAUAGUGAAACAAGUGAAGCAGAAAAGGGCAAAGCAAGAACCUUCACAAACAUCUUCUUUGAAAGAUGAUGCUGUAGCACAAGUUCUAGGACCUGAUCCACGAGGACGGGUAAGAGGGUUAGGAUUUGGAGCAGUCCCUUCAAAGUUAGAAUAUCAAACCAAAGUUGGAAACAAAGUUGCUAACUUAGAGAAACAAGUGUCCACUCAAGCACAGAAUAUGCUUUCUCAAUCACAAGAGAUUGAACGAUUGAAAGAAGUGGUUGCCACUCUUUUAGCAAGAUCAGAGAAAGAAGGGAAUAACCACGGUAGUAACAGUGUUCAGCAUUCUGCUAACAUGUUUGCACUACAAACGCAGAAUGAAAAUCCUAGUGUUCAACAUCAUAGCAGUGAUGGAGUACAAAGCAACCAAAAUAUUGCAAGUGUUCGAGGUUCUGACAGUGGGAGGCCACAAAGCAAGCAAAGCAACCAAAAGAAAACUUCAAGUAUUCAAUAUUCUGCUGAUCAUGGGUCACAAAGCAAAGACAAAGAAGGUAAAAGGACCAAAGUUACAAAGGAUGAUCAGAAUAGAAUCGAAUUGUUAAGUUGGUUUGAGAAGGAAGAACAGGUUGUUGCAAUUGCAAAACUUGAGUCAAAAGAUCCAAAUGUAAAGGUCCAUCAUGUGCCCCUUGGUCAUGAAUGCUGGAAAGUUUGGGUGCUUGAUGUUUUUGAGGAUAUAGCUUUAUAUCGACCAACUAGGGAGUUUGGAACACUGAGUAUGGCUCAAGGAAGUACAAUUGCAUGGCCUAUCAAGUACAUCAAACAAGUUUAGUUUAUGAACAUUUCGAUUAAUGCCUUAUGUUGGUACUGCUAGUAAAUUGCUCGAACUAAUUGGGAGA